CAGGUGUCAUGCGCAUGCGGUGGCUUGAGCGUCAUUCACGGUGUGAACGGAUGGUCACACUUCUUGAAACAGUUAUCAUCGUAUUUUUAGAGAUUGCGUUGUGUUUGUAUGUAGGGUAAAAACAUACAUUUGCUGCCAAGCUGUUUAUUAAUUGUAUAUUUUAAUAGCUCCCAAACGGACUUGAUUCUGAUAUUUUCCUGGAGAACACGGACUUCUCGGGAACCUGUUGAUUGCCGUGUGUGGUAGCCCACCGAAUCGGCAAUGGAGCCUUGAGUGGCCUGGACUGGGGGUGUUCAUUAGUGCACACAGUUGAAAACGGUCGCGAAAACGUUUCGCAACGGAAAACCUAUUGCUACGGUUCAGAGAGUGCAGGAAACUGAUCGGGACAACGGGCACACAUGAUCACUCUCAACCACAUGGUGAAGACCUACAUCCAAGCAAAGAUGGAGGCCAUGGAUGCACAGAGAGCCUUGGAGGCAGUGGAGAGGCUGCAGGCCAAGCUGAAGGACAGAGGAGAGGCGCCUACAGAGGAGAAACUAUCGCUACUGAAGACUGUCCUUCAAAGCCCCCUGUUCCACCAGAUACUGAACAUACAACAGACUAAAUCACAGCUGCCCCAGGUGAACACAUCCAUACCCAAGUCGGUCUCUCUCAACGCCGGCCUGUCCACCUCCAUGUCGCUGGGCCUGAGGGGUCUGUCCCACAGCGACUCCUACACCUGGGCACAGAACAACAGCUCCCGAGAGUUUGUUUCCCCCGGGCCGGACACAGAUGAGGAAGACGGGGAAGGGGGGGGUUGUAGCCCCAGGACCGAACCUGUCGUUCCCCAGCAGAAGUUCGGAGGCAGCCUCUGUACACUAAACACGCACGCGGAGAACCGCUCCACCGCCGCCAAGGUCCAAAGCAUGACUCAGCUGUGUACUCCUCCGCGUAUCUCCCGCACUCUCUCCAUGGGACGGAACCUGUCGGAUAUCGCCAACGAUAAGCGUCACGUGGAGAUGAUAGAGCUGGAGAACGAUGGGAAGGGCCUGGGCUUCGGGAUCGUUGGGGGUCGCACCUCCGGAAUCAUGGUCAAAACCAUCCUACCAAGAGGGCCUGCUGGUUUGGACAAGCGUCUCCGUAGCGGUGACCACAUCCUGCGCAUCGGCGACACAGACCUGGCGGGGAUGGACAACGAGGAAGUGGCUCACGUCCUCCGCGGCGCGGGGCCCAGGGUCAAACUGCUCAUCGCCAGGGAUGUCGCCGUCUCCACGGGCAACGAUCUGUCCCUCUCCGCGCCCCUGCUCCCUCAGCUCGCCCAGCAACAGCAGAGGAUGACCAGAAUGGGGAACCAGCUGUGCGAUGCAGGGGAGGGCAGCGAGUACAGCAUCCAGUUCAGCAAGAACAGCGUGGGCCUCGGAUUCACCGUUGGUAGCUCCCCGGGGCAGCGCCAGUCCGGGGUGCACGUGAGGAGCAUCGUGAAGGGCAGCGCUGUGGACCAAGACAACCAGAUACACAUUGGAGACAAGAUCUUAGCCGUGGAUGGAGUUAGCCUCCAGGGCUGCAGUGAGCAGAGGGCCCUGGAGAUCCUGAGGGAGACGGGCCAGAUCGUCCGACUGAGGCUGGCGAGGAGGGCCUCUGGGGCGGGCGAGCACCUGAAGUCGUCCACUUCCUCCCUGGAGACCCAGGGAGUCAUCAACAGAGGAGAGCCCGGAAGACAAAUGUCUCUGCGCGAGAUGUCCAGAAGAGCCAGCAUGCUAAGCCGAGGACAGCGACCAGACGCCAGAACAGGAGUGAAGCUGACGGAUGCGGAGGAAGAAGAGCUAAGAAACAGAUGGCAGGGAGCCCUGGGACUCCGCUAUCAAGUGGUGGUGUGCCAGCUGGAGAGGUUCAGUGAGAGCCGCGGGCUGGGGAUCAGUCUGGAGGCCAGGGCUGGACAUCACUACCUGUGCUCCAUCCUCCCCGAGGGGCCAGUUGGACAGAGCGGGAAGAUCCGUGCCGGAGACCAGAUCCUGGAGGUGAACGGCAUCCCUCUGAUAGGUGAGAGCCACAGGGAGGUGAUCAGUAUUCUCCGGGAGCUGCCUCCGCGGGUGGUUUUGGUAUGCUGCCGCAUCUUGGCCCCUCAGCCACGGCACGGCGACGAAGACGAGGACGAGGACGAAGAAUUACAGGUCACCCUCAAAGAGCUGCUGUCUGAGUUGAAUGACAUGUCCCAGUACGACCAGCCCUGCUGCCUACUUCCUGGUUGUAACAACGUGGAUUGUGGGAAUCGCGGUGUUAAGCCCGUGUCUCCUCCAUUGGCCAUGUGGGAGAGGGACAGCCAGAUCAUUGAGCUGGAGAAAGGAGAGGAAGGCCUGGGGUUCAGCAUCCUGGACUACCAGGACCCAGAGGAUGCCUCUAAGACGGUACUGGUGAUCCGGUCGCUGGUCCCUGGGGGCGUGGCUGACACAGAUGGCCGACUGCUUCCUGGAGACCGGCUCAUGUCAGUCAACAAUGUGGACCUGGUCAGCUCGACGCUUCAACACGCUGUGAACAUCCUGAAGUCCAGCGACUGUGGAACGGUGCGCAUUGGCGUUUCCAAACCCCUGCCGAUCGAGUGUUGUGUCCUGGAGUCCAUCCCGGAGUCGCUAAGGUCCUCCAGAGAUGAGAUCCGUUCCUCGCGGGAUGAGAACGAUACUCAGUACUCGGCUGGGAUGCUAGCGUCCCCUUCAUUGCGGCAGGCACAUGCUGACAGUUACAGCUCACAGCCGAGGAACAGACUGCACUGCUACAAGGACGAGAAAUCUCUGCAUCAGCGCCUCGGCGGCAACAUGCAGGACAGCGAUAAGCACCUGGCCCCGGCCCCUUUUGGCAGCCAUUUUGAGAGGACAAUCACUGUUGUCAGGGACAACCGUAACCUUGGCAUGACCGUGAGCGCUGUGAAGGACGGCUCCGGGAUGUUGAUCCGGUCAGUGGUUCAGGGGGGUUGUGUCAGUCAGGACGGGAGACUGGGGGUGGGCGAUGUCAUCCUGGCCGUUAACGGAGAACCCACCACCAACCUGAGCAACGCCCGGGCCCGCGCCAUGCUGAGACGCCAUUCUGUUAGAGGACCGAGUAUGAGAUCUGACGGUCAUUGCUGUUUUGAUGUGACGCUUGUUCCCUCGUCUUUGGUUGAGGAGCACCGCGCCUCCCUGUCCCUGAAGCCCCUGUCCUCCGUCGAGGGACCCCCUCACAGCCCCCCCGCCCCCUCCACGCCCCCUCCUUCUGGACAUCGCACCCCCUCUCCCGGAACCGCUGAUUCAGACCCGGCUGCCGGCCCAGUGUCGCCCACAAGGCGUCUAGGUUCUCCUCCGCGCCCGUCCAGACCUGUAGGUCCAGUUACCAACACAGGGGCUCCAGGUUCUGGCUCCGUCUCGAGCAAAGGCCCACCCAGACCUCCACCACCAGACCACAGCCUAAUCCCCAAGCCCAUGCCUCUGGUGGUACAGCCACCGGAGGAGGAGCCGGGCCUGAGUGUGGAUGGGGGCCGCGGGGAGGAGGAGAAAGGAGAGCAGGAGACCAGGGAAGAGGGUGGAGGAGAGGAGGAGACGCUGCAACAUCCUAACAACCUCAGCUGGGGUCAGCCGAGAAGGGUCCAGCUGGGUCGUUCUCCAGGUCGGUCACUGGGCAUCAGCAUCACGGGGGGGCGUGGGAUGGGCAGCCGGCUGGGGGGGGGCGAGGUGGUCAGGGGCGUGUUCAUCAAACACGUCACCCCAGACAGCCCCGCCGGGCGCAGUGACAGCAUCCACCCCGGAGACAGGAUUCUGGAGGUGGGGGGGGCGGACCUGAGAGAUGCCAGCCACGAGGAGGCGGUGGAGGCCAUUCGCCGGGCGGGAGACCCGGUUGUCUUCCUGGUGCAGACCGGACCGGACCGACCGCAGACGUCUCCGCUGCUCACCGGGCGACAGAGGCGAGCGUCACGGUCGGACCCUGUCCACGAGGUUCCUGAGAGUGGACUGUCCCCUAGUGUCUUCCCCAGCAACCCCUUCACCCCUAAACCCUUUAAGCAGGCAGCCAAUAGGACUACAGCCGUCUCCACAACGGGAACAGCCGGAGGCACGGAGGACGGCAGCUGGAGGAAGAUGAUGGCCAGGUACGGCCGCCUGCCGGGGGAGCUCCAUAUGAUUGAGCUGGAGAAGAUCCCCGGCGGAGGUGCCGACGCAGCGCCUCCUGGUUCUGGCCCGGGUCUGGGGCUCCAGCUUACAGGGGACCGAGACGGGUCCCGAGCCCAACUGGGUGUCUACGUGGCCGGCAUUGACCCGCAGGGCGCCGUGGGCCGGGACGGACGGAUACGAGUCGGGGAUGAGCUACUGGAGGUAAGAUCAACAGUCAGAUCCUGUAUGGACGCAGUUAUCAGAAUGCUGCUUCCAUCCUCAACAGUGCCCCUUCCAGAGUCAAGAUCAUCCUGAUGAGGAAUAAGGCAGAUCCGACUGGGGUUCCUCACGGACCAAUGGAAGAUUCCUCUUCCCAACCCUCCAUCCCUCUUUCCUCCUCUCAUUCCUCCAUCCCUCUCUCCUCUCAUC